AUGGCUGAAUGUAAAGAUUGUUUUAUUAAAUAUCUUGAUAAAGCCGAUACUGGAAUACUCGCUAAAAUAAAACAAUUGAAUUUAAUUUUGUAAAGAAUAGAUAAUUAAAUUUGGUAAGCUUUAGAAAAUAUUAAGUUACAUCCCUAGUUUUAUAGUUUGAGAUGGAUAAUGCUUAUUUUUGCUUAAGAAUUUGAAAUAUUUGAUGUAGUAAGGAUUUGGGAUAGUUUAUUAAGUCAUUGUAACUUUUAAGAUUUCUUAUAUUGUCUUUGUUUAGCAAUUCUUAUUUUGAGAAAAGAAGUUAUCCUUUAAUAAGAUUUUUCUGAUAUUAUGGAAAGUUUAUAAAGAAUACAAGAUUUGGAUGUAGUCGAAAUUAUUUCUAUUGCUGAUUAAUUAUAUAAAUAGUAUUUUGAAUGA